AUGGCGCUCGACGCCUCCCCGGGGAAGUGGGUCCGGACCGGCUCUGUAGGGGGAGGAGUGGCCUGUGUUGGCUGGUUAGCCGUGCCAGGCGUCUGUCUGCCCGGCACCCGGCGACCCGCGUCGCGAGUUCCGGCUCCUCCCCCUGGGGGGCGGGGCUUGCGAGUGCGCCCUGAGCCGGAGUGGGCGGGGCUGAUAACCCCAGUAGCUGGAGACCCUCUUGGAGGCCCUGCCUUUGUACUCUCCAGAUCUGAACCCUGCAAGACCACCUCCCCUUUGCCCUCAUCCUCCCAUGAGAGAGACCCGUGCUCUGACCACACGCCCCGUGUUCCCCAGAUCUUCGCUUUGAUCGUGUUUGCCUGCAUCUUCGGCGAGGGCUACAGCAACCGGCACAGGUCCGAGGAGACGACGUACUGCGUCUUCAACCGCAACGAGGACGCCUGUCGCUACGGUGGGGCCAUCGGCGUGCUGGCCUUCCUGGCCUGUGCCUUCUUCUUUGUGGUGGACGUCUACUUCCCGCAGAUCAGCAAUGCCACUGACCGCAAGUACCUGGUCGUCGGAGACCUGCUCUUCUCAGCUCUCUGGACCUUCCUGUGGUUUGUUGGUUUCUGCUUCCUCACCAACCAGUGGGCAGCCACCAACCCCAAGGAUGUGCUGGUGGGCGCCGACUCCCCGCGAGCGGCCAUCGCCUUUAGCUUCUUCUCCAUCUUCUCUUGGGGCACACUGGCUUUGCUGGCCUAUCAGCGCUACAAGGCCGGAGUGGACGACUUCCUCCAAAACUAUGUGGACCCCACGCCUGACCCUGCCACGGUCUAUGCCUCCUACCCUGCCGCCUCUGCCGACGAUUACCAGCAGCCCCCCUUCACCCAGAACGCAGAGGCCUCCCCCGACGGGUACCAGCCGCCCCCCGUGUACUAACUAAUCAGCUGCAGCAAUGGUAUGGGCACUCACCAUGCUGGACAUUUCUUGUGCUGGCUGCUGGAGACCCCCUGCUGACUGAGACCUAUACAUGGGAAGGGGGGUCCCCGGCUGCCCACCCAUUCACUCCACAGGGCAUUUUUUAGAGAAGGGUUAUGAGGUGUGGUUGUUUUGGGGUUUUAGCUGUGUUUUGGGUUGCUUUUGAUGCUCCUGCUCCCUUGGGGAGAAGCUGGAAGGACAGUGGCCCCCUCCCUUCCUGCCACCUGACUCACGUGCCUUAGCCCCCAACUAGCUGAGCCUGGGCCAGCUAACAGGGUGUUCUGCCAAAGAUGGAGGGGGUGCCUCACAUGGCGCCUGCCAGCUAGUGUUGUGCUGAGCCUCCAGCCCCUCUCUACUCACUCAGGUUUGUUACCCUAAUCCUGUGGGCAUGGUCCCCUGGGGCUGUGGUCACCACUGCCUUGCCUGCUCGCUUUGGACUUUGGUCACCACCCUGGAGGGAGGGUAUAGGCACUGGUACCUACCUUGCCACCCACCUGAUUACAGGGGCUGGCUUUGCCCGACCAAUAACACCCAGCUUUAUGUAAAUAUCCUUCGACUCUUGACUCCACCGGGAGGUGUGUAGACACAGACCCUCUGACUGCACUGGGAGCCUCUGGCCACCACCUGCCUAGGAUGGUUGAUCAGGCUUGUUGGAGGGAAUAAACCGUUUUUACUCUU